CGAUUGUACAUUGGCACAGUCGUCCGGUAACGAUAUCACGUGGAACAAUUGCGCGGGAGUUCCGAUAUACUUGGCCGUAGUUGUUAUUACAAUUAGUACAUACCUGUUUAUAUUAUAGUCCUUCGUCGUCGUCUAUACAGUGUAUACGCGGUUUUUAUUUUUCGUCUUUUGCUCUACGUACUCUGUUAAUACAAGCAAGUAAAACAAAUCAUAAUAUAGAAUUUAAUUUUGUUUUUAAAUAUUUUCCGUAACACAAUAUAAUACAUAUACGUAAAAACAUCAGAGGCAGCCAACAAUCGGAUUGUUUUAAUUCAGUUUUAUACUAGAUUAAUACAUUACUGAUUACAUCGGGCACUUGGAUCGCUUCGGUAUAUUAUACACACCGCGCACGAACAAAACCAGAUAACGGAAAAGACCGUCGGAUGUCUGUGGAACGGUCGUAAAGCAACGUCGGUGGUUUUGUCGUGAUGAGCGUGCGGGCGCUAUUGCGCGCCAUACUUUUGGCCGUCUUGGUCACCGCAACAUGUCAAGCUGACGAAACAACGAGCGAUUAUUCCACCGUUGACUCUACAGACCGACCAGAGUCGACUGAAGAAGAGGAAACGAAUAAAUCUGCAACGCCUAACCAAGGAUUAAAACCAACAAAAUACCACUAUUAUCCACACAAUCAACACAUAUAUCUACUGCCCGAGUGUGCAGUUCAACAGGUGUGUAAUGCGGUAUAUGUUAGACUCAACUACACGCAACCACUAUGCGCCUGUCCGUCCAGAUACAAAGAGCCAUGCUCUGCAUCUUUGAACGCUGACGACCUGCACACUACGGAACUGUCUACGGACACAACCGGCAAAAUCCUCACGCUAGUCAAGACAUGUGAACCAGUGGCCGAAAUGAGGACGUGCCGUUCGCCGAGAGAUUGGUCCUUAUUGGCUCUACAAAAUGUCCGCACCGGCAAGUCGCAUUACCUGGUCAUCUGCAGAUGUCCGCACACCAGUCUGUUGGAAGGUCCGAUGAGUCACGACCAACCGACAUACGCCAGCGUCCCCGGCAUUAGAGUGUACGGCAUGAUGUGUGUGACAAAAAAUGGUGGAGGAGGUGGUCACCAAACUACGUUGGCGCCACCACUCCAUUCCAGUCCAGCGCCGAUAACCAAGCGACGAGCUAGGCCCCUGAGGACCCCCCGAUCGUUAGACUCCUACUACAGGAGGUCUUCAGAAAGCCAAUUGUCGCCACCAUUCCCUUGGCACAGAGCCAUGCAGUUUAUCAAAUCAGUGCAAAUAGAAGAAUCGCUGAAAAGUAAACAGUCUUAGACUAUUUGUCGUCAAUACUGAAAACAGUUGAACAAAAUUAAAAUUUGAUUAGCAAAUACAUUAUAUUAUUUAUUAGUAUUCAAUAUUAAAAUAAUAAAAUGUUAUGAAGCCGCUCAACUCUUUUCUUUUACCUAAAAAUGAUAUAUAAAUUACUUCUUUUUUUUUAAUAGAUACAAAUAUACAAGUAGAUAAUAUAAUUAUAAUUAUAAUUUUUUUUUUGUACAACAAGGUGCUUUGUGCGUUUAAAAUGUUCUAUUGUACAUAGCACACCGGCU